CCGAUGCUUGGCUGGUGACGGACGUCGGCGGGUCCGAGGCGAGAUGUGUUCGCGAUGGUUCUUCGACGCCGCGGUUGGAGCGUAAAAAAUCUGGAAGCUGCUAUAGUUUGCCCAAAUUGCGUCGCGGCGGAGCACUCGACGGGCUUCGCAUGUGAAUGAAAUCGACCCGACGAGGCCGCAAGGCUUGACAACAACACCCGUCGACGACUACCAACGGAGAGGGGGCCAGGAUGAGCAGCGGCAGCACGGUGGCGCUUCCCGGCGUCACGGGUGGGCCGAGCACGGUGGCGAGCUCGUCGGUGCUCCCCGUGGUGCUGGCCACGGCCAACAUUACGGUCGAGAACGCCAGCCAGGUGUUGGAGGACCUGCCGCCUACCUUCCUGCAGACCACGGGGGCCCAGGCCCUGUCGGGGGCCUUCGUGUGGACCGCCCUCAUAAUCACCUGCCACCAGAUCUACCAACACCUGCGGUUCUAUACGUUGCCCACGGAGCAGCGCUGGAUUGUGCGGAUACUGUUCAUAGUGCCCAUCUACGCGUUCGACUCUUGGCUGAGCCUGCUCUUCUUCCGAGAGAACUACUACAUCUACUUCAACAGCGUUCGCGACUGGUACGAAGCGUUCGUGAUCUACAACUUUCUGAGCCUCUGUUACGAGUAUCUCGGGGGCGAAAGCAACAUCAUGUCCGAGAUUCGGGGGAAGCCAAUACAGCAAAGUUUCUGGUACGGCACUUGUUGCCUUUCAGGAAAAACGUACACCAUUGGUUUUCUUCGGUUCUGCAAACAGGCGACCCUGCAAUUCUGUGCAGUAAAACCGCUCAUGUCUGUGAUUACGCUGAUUCUGCAACCCUUCGGAAAGUACUCCGACGGAGACUGGAGGCCAGACAGCGGCUACCUGUACAUCACGAUAAUCUACAACAUCAGCGUGUCGCUGGCGCUGUAUGGCAUGGUGCUGUUUUACUUUGCCACCAAGGACCUGCUGGCGCCCUUUGACCCCGUGUGGAAGUUCUGCACCGUCAAGUCGGUCAUCUUCCUCUCCUUCUGGCAAGGGGUCCUGCUGGCGGUCCUGGAGAAAGCGGGCCUCAUCUCGGCCAUCAACGCCAGCGGCAUGGCCAACACGGCCGCGGCAAGCGCUGGCACCGUGUCGGCCGCCUACCAGAACUUCCUCAUCUGCGUCGAGAUGUUCUUUGCCUCGCUGGCGCUCAAGUACGCCUUCCCCUAUCGUGUCUACGUGCAGGGUUGCCGCGCUGAUGCGCAGGGCCGCUCGGUCACCAUGCAGAGCAUCUCUUCUAGCCUCAAGGAAACGAUGAACCCGAAGGACAUAAUGAACGACGCCAUCCACAACUUCCACCCACAGUACCAGCAGUACACGCAGUACGCGGCCCCGCCCAACCGCCACCAUCACCUCGCCCGGGGAGGAGGAGCCGGGGGCAACAACGACGACUCUCUCCAAGGCGGUGGGGCGCGGGCCACGCACUCGGCCGGCGCUGCUCCCUCGGCUAACGGUGGUCGGCCACCCACGCGGGGGGGCCGAAACCCGGCCUACAACGAGAAGACUACCCUCCUUAGCUCCGACGACGAGUUCCAAAUGAUGCAACGAGGCCACGAUGCGUGCCGUUUUUAGAACAACGAGGAGCUAACGGACUUCGCCGGUGCGGUUUGUCCACCCUGACCGUUUGUGACGCCCGCCUGCUGCGGUGCAUGCCUGCCUGCCGCCUCUCUCUAAUGCAGAAACGCCAUGUGAGACUGCUGCAGCACAAAUUCUAAUAUAACCAGCGUACGCGUGCGUGCGAGUCCAAAUCGCUCCUGACGCAGUCAUCAUCUCGCCAGUCUGGGCUCAUUGCGGGACGUGCCGUCCAUCGCAGCCACGGCUGUCAGGUGUUGUUUGCAUGUGCCGUUUAUUGUUGGUUUGCGCUGGCCAGAAGUUCACCACGUUGGCAUGUGCAGUGCACGUGGUGCAUGUUCUUUGUGUCGCCAGACCCCCCCCCCCCUUUAUUUUCACAAUAAACACUGAAAAGAUGCGGCGUAGAGCUGGUGCGAAUGCUCGACCAUCCCUGGCUGGCUGAGGUGACGUUUACUUUUUUUUUUUUUUUACGAAAUCAGCUGUUUUUAUAAACAAGUUUGGAAACUGUUUGUAGUGCUCGGUCGCGUGCAAUGAACAUUUCAGUGUGAUAUGCGUAGUUGCUUUAACUAACGCUUUUUUGACGAGUUGUCUCAUUUUCUGUGGGGCGAGAGAAGAGAGCCAUGAGUGAGGCAGUUUCCAGUUCAAUGUUGCAUCUUAGUUGGGUCUUCAGAAAACCGUGUCUCAGUUUGACGGACAAAAGUGUAUUCUAUUCUCAAGUUUUGCAGUUACCGUUUAUUUGAUGGAGUCCCAUCAAUGUUUGAAGUUUGAAGUUUAUUUUAUUUCUUUCUGAUACCGGACGAGGAGUAAGAGCUAAAGGCCGUAUUGCCUGACAGAGGCUCCUACUCCCAUGCGCAUGGCUAAGGAUUGAAUGUGGAUGGCAGAUGGAUGCGUUUAGCAGCUUGUGCGUGUUGUCAUUGCAUUGGGCGGGGAAGACGUCGGCCUGUUACAAGAUCAGUGCAUCAUUCACUUGCAUCGCUGAGACUCGUCCACUAUCACCAGUGGGACAGAUUCAAGUUUGUGUAAUGGGAAUUGAUAAUCGUAAAGCAGCAGCUAAUUUAUGUAGUUGGUGUUCACGGAAGAUUGUUCACAACACUGCGAAAACGAACGUUUUGAGAGAAGCAUUUUUUUUUUUUUUUCACCAGCAGUUUGAAAUCUUGUCAUUUAGAGGGCAGCUGUUGAACAAGACAGAUUAUAUAAAGUCGAGCGUAUUCGAAGUUGACCCUGCCAUUUCCCAAAAUCAAAAGUAUAACAAUUUACUGGGCUAGUUCUUGGCAGUUUUAUUACUUAAGGUUUUGUACCCGUGUAAUGUAUCAUCUCUUGUGCCAGUG